CACACUUCAGCCCGGACAUCAUGGCACAUGGACUCGGAGUGCAUGUCCUCGCACAGCGCUUUGGUUGCAAAUCCACAACACCUGAUCUUAUCUAUUCCUGCGUGCGCAUUUUCCAGUUUGAUCAGCUUCUCAGACGUAAGCGAAGGGUUGACGGAAGAGUUCUUCAAGUUGUGAGUCAGUUUUCUUGUUCAUUCAUCACUCCCGUGGGUAGAAUUUCAUUCAAGUGAGCUGGCAGCUUUGACGGAGCCAAUCUGAGAGAUCUCUUGCACUUGUUCCUGUGGAGAGCGCUGGAGCAGGAUGUUUGUGCUGGCAUCGUGUCAGGAAAACAUCCGCAUUGUGCCACAGGACCUGCAUAAAGAACAGCUGCAAGCAAUCACGGACGAGAUAGAAAAGACCUAUUUUGACAAGGUAAUCCCGGAAGUGGGUCUCGUCAUCACCCUUUACGACAUCUCCUCCAUUGAGGGGGGAGAAGUUUAUGCAGGCGACGGCGCCCCCCGCUUCUCUGUGUCAUUCCGGCUGGUGGUUUUCCGGCCGUUUGUGGGCGAAGUCCUCGUCGGAAAGUUACUCGACUCUGACGCGAGCGGGCUGAAAGUCUCGCUGGGCUUCUUCGACGACAUCCACGUUCCGGAGCAUCUGCUCCAAGAGCCGUCCGUCUUCGACGACACCGAGGGGCUGUGGGUUUGGAAGUACAAUGACAACGACAUGUUCAUGGACAAGGAAGAGGAGGUGCGCUUCAAGGUGUCCUCGGUAAAGUUCCCCCCGCUGCCCCCCGAGAACGACGGCACCGUCAAAGUCUUUUCGCCCAUGGAGAUCACGGGCGAUAUCAACGCUGACGGUUUGGGCCUCGUCUCCUGGUGGUCAUAGACCUGAUGAAUCGCAUGCCUGACCCCUCCAAAUAACGAAGGUCCAGGAGUGCAACCUUGGCCCGGAUUGACACAUUGACACCUCGCUUUCCUGAGAAUAGUUCAUAAGCCCGCGGGCCUCGGUACGUUGCACGUCGACGCAACUCUAGUUCGUUUUCAUACCUGGACUGGCACGGACAUUGGCGGCCUCGGCUGAGGUUAGAUUUGAUUUGAAGGUGACGGUCGGAGCUGAACCUCUUACAUGCUAGUGCCGAGCUAACUGGGAAAACCGUUCCAAUACCAGCUGCGAGGCUGGCGCCGCGGCGGCAGGUAUGCAUACCAGAGGAUAGUGGCCGCGCCGCGAGCCUAGCCGAUCGUGGCAUGCUCAACAGUUGUGGUGCGGCGAAAAUGCGCAGACAUAACCAUUGGCGGCGCGGAUCGGAUAAGAUGAAGAGGAGGCAAGAACUGAAGUAUGCGCGGCCGGCUAAUUAUAUGAGGGAUGGUUUGAUCGGCUGACUCAAUCAGUCAGUGUAUAUACACUUCAAAUAGCUCGAUCCACAUUAAGGUGCUCAUAACAUGUGACCGGCCGAAGUUGCACUUUACAAUCAAGGUUGCGUCGAUCACUACACAAUCGGAAUAUGCAG